AGGAGAUGAGGGAAGAGGAGCGCGCACUAUAUUCAUCCAUCUAUCCAUCCAUCCACUCAGCCAUCCAUCUAUCCACCCAUCCAGGCAGGGAGGGAGGAAGGUAGGCAUUGAGGCAAGCUGGUCCUGGUCCUGGUCCAGGUGCUGGAGAAGAAGCGUGUGUCGAGCACGGCGGCGGCGGGUGCAGCGGCGGCAUGGCUUCGUCUUACGGGAGAAGUACUGACAUGCGCUUCGCCGACUGGAUGUCGAGUCUCCCGCAGAGCAUGCACAGCAUCCCGCUCACCAACUUGGCCAUCCCCGGUUCCCAUGACUCCUUCAGCUUCUACAUCGACGAGGCGUCUCCCGUGGGCCCCGAGCAGCCCGAGACUGUGCAGAACUUUGUGUCUGUUUUUGGCACUGUGGCCAAAAAGUUGAUGAGGAAAUGGUUAGCCACGCAGACCAUGAACUUCAACAGUCAGCUGGAGUCCGGCGUUCGCUUCUUUGACCUGCGCAUCUCCACCAAACCGCGAGACCCCGACAAUGAGCUCUUCUUUGCCCAUGGUCUCUUCAGUGCCACAGUGAGAGAAGGUCUGGAGCAGAUUAGCAGCUUCCUGUCCACGCACGCCAGAGAAGUGGUGUUCCUGGACUUCAACCACUUCUACGGCGUUCAGAACCUGCACCACGAGAAGCUGGUGACCAUGUUGAAGGACGUUUUUGGAGACAAGCUCUGCCCGGUUGUGUUUGCCCAGGAGGUAAGUCUGCAGUAUCUGUGGGAGAGGGAGUACCAAGUUCUGGUCUUCUACCAUCACCCCAUGGCUCUGGAGGUGCCCUUCCUUUGGCCUGGCCAGAUGAUGCCUGCCCCGUGGGCCAACACCACUGACCCGGAGAAGCUGGUUCAGUUCCUCCAGGCUUCUGUCACUGACCGCAGGAGGAAGGGAACCUUCUUUGUUUCCCAGGUGGUCCUCACACCAAAGGCCAGCACGGUGAUGAAGGGUGUGGCUAGUGGACUCCGAGAGACAAUCACAGAAAGGGCUUUGCCGGGAAUGAUGCAAUGGAUCCGGUCGCAGCGACCCGGCGAGAGCGGCGUCAACAUCAUCACCGCCGACUUUGUUGAACUGGGCGAGUUCAUCAGCGCCGUCAUCACCCUCAACUACCACAUGGACGACGAAGACGACGACGACGCCACCUGAGAGCCGUCGGCCGCGUGGUCAGUGAGCACAAGUCGCCCCCCACCCCUGCCGCUCAGGGGUCUUGGUCUGUGCUCUGCCUCUUUUCUCCUUGGCAUUUGUUUCAGAGGAGAUGUGCUGCUCCUUUCACUUUAUUUAGGGCUAUCGUGGAAUGGUGAAUGACCUGAGAUCAAGUUGAGAGAAGAAACGUUGUGGUGGACUAUGACAGUGUCAGCCUGGUAAUUUAGGGAGGAAAAAUGUUCCUUCUUUUAAGUGAGCACUUUCAUGAUACAAAGGUAAAGCUUUUUUUAUAUAUAUGUUCCUCAUAAGGUAUCUUUGCAAAGCAUGAUUCUAAUCACAAAGGUCAUAUGUGAAAUAAUUUAAAUGUACACCCCAACAAAUUAGUCCAACUAAUAGUCAAAUUGUCUUUUCAACAUUUUUUUUUAUUGAUACAUGAUUAGUUCAAUACAGUAUUUUAAAAUGUAUUAUUUAUUUCACAUUUAUUUUCCUUUGUUACAUUUGUUAUUUAUUUUUAUCUAAAUAAUUUUCAACUUUUUGGGAGGGGUGAGACUGGGAGUGGACUUUUUAUUUCAAUGUUUUUAUUUAGUAUUUAUUGAUUGAUCUCAACCCACUACAUCCCAUUGAAUGUACCGUAUGGGGCAACAUCUCUAAAAUAGUUCAUUCAAUGCCCCCCAAAAUCAUAAUUAAUAAAACAAGAUUUUACAUUUAAAUAAAUCAAUUAAACAAUAAGAUUGCACAGCUUGUAAAAGGUCUCUUUAACACUUUUAACCCAUAUAAUUUUUUUUAAAGAAUAUUUGUUGAUUAAUACAAACCCAUCUCGUACCAUUGAAAGGAUCUGGAAAAAUUAUCAAUUACAAAGUAAAAACUGUUUUAACUUUUUUACAAAUGUCUAUUUCUUAAUAUAUGAAUUGAUAUAUUUUUCAAAAUCAUGUUCUUUAAUAUAUAUAUAUUUAUUGAUAAUACCACUGGGAGUAUCUAGUUUGAAAAAAGUUAAACAUGCUCACUCACACAGAUUUUCACAAAAUUCUCAUACUGUAGAUUUUUAAAUGAUAUUUAUUUGUAUUAAUUACUGAUCGAGUCCAACCUGCCUCAUAUCACAAUAAUCUCCCAAAUAUUAAAUUAAAGAAAAAAAAUUCUAAUCGCAGUUUAACAUUAUUUAUUUGUAUUUAAUUUCACCUUAAACCAUUGAGAGUUUGCGCAGUUGGGGGAAGCAAAUAAGAUUAUGCUGUUUUUGAAAUAACCAAGGUGUUAGUGUAAAGGUUUGUGAAGAAUUUGCUGGCUCGGAAUGAAUUGGUGGUGGGUGCUGAGUCGUGAUGUAUAAAAAUAUUGCUCACAAGAGUCUAUCCAGCAUCUGUUUAUACUUUCAAUUCCCUCCUUGUGCGUCUGUAUCGAAUAUUGCGGUGCAGCGUUCAUGAGUCACCAUCAUGAUUUUGUAGUCUUUCUGCUUACACAAAAUUUCAGAGGUGAACUUUUUUUUUUUUUAGCAGCACCGCUUCAACGUGUUUAGAUAACAGUAGCACAUUGGUGUCUUUAUCGGGUGUCUUUGAAUGUCUCCACAGCUCUGAAUUUCACAAUAUCUGGCAUUGUUGUUCCAUCAUGUGUUCAUUAAAUAUAUUGCGAGAAAGAGAAGAAAAUAAGGUGACCAAUGCAUUGACAGAAGUAUGAGAUUCCGUAGAUGCCAAAAAUGUAACUUAAUUUAACCCAAAAAAUAUAUAUUAUUUGGUGUUGUGAGGAAGAGGUUUUUUUUUCAUGUGUUUUUGAGAGAGAACGUUUGAAACUAUUUAAGUGUUAGUAUGAGCUUUUGGGGUGUAUGUUUAACAUUUGUUGGGGUGUGAAUAAUUUGGGUGACUAUGUAGACAAAAUGGGUGUACAUUUUUGGUGAGGCAUUAUGUGUCGAGAAGUGUACGAUUUUUUUUUAUUUGUUGAGUUUUUUAAUGUGACUGAGAGUUUUUCACGUGACGGGGGGCUGAGAUAUUUAAAAGUGUGCGUGUGUGCGUUUUUGUGUGUGUGAUAGGUAAAUAUGAAUUUUGGCUUCUCUGGCACCUCAAACAGAAAUGUGUCAUUGCGUCGUAGAAAAAAAAAAGCACUUUCUGCGCAGAAUGUAUCCUGUGAGGAUUGUUGUCUCAUCUGCUACCAUUACUCAAAAAGUAUUAGGGAUCGGCGAAUGUGUCUUAAAAGUCAGCUGUUUUGUGUGCUUUUGAUGAAAAGUCCUGUUUGUACGCAUUGGUGUCUUCAAAUUGUUGCGCUUUUUAUGUUUUACAUCGUGUUUGUACAUACUUUAAUUGUAAGACGAUAUUGCCAAGAAAUUGUAAAGCGCUCAGUGACUUUACCACUUGACUAUGAUUCUUCUUCUUCUUUUUUCUUUUUAAAUACAAAUUUGGUAGUGUUUAGCAUGAGCGGAAAAGCUUCCCUAAAGUACCAUUUGGAUGCUCAAUUUCUGUGCAUCCAUUUUAUUAUCUAUAAGUUGCAUGACUUUAAGAUGUGUUUUUCUCUCCUGACUGCAGUCAAACGGCUGAAACUGCACAAAUGACUUGAGACUUGAUAAGGGCGUACAAACCUGUGUUGUGAGGUCAUUAUUGUCUUCCCUGUUGAAAGCUCUUGUCAUUGCUUUUAUGUUAUGGUGUACAAAAAAAAAAGAAUACACUAAAAGAGUCAUUUGCUGUUGUAAAACUGAAACCUUUGUUCCUAGAGUGGCAGAUAAAUAAAAGCUUCGAACAUUGAA